UCUCCCCCCGGCCUCGCGCGCCCCGGACCGGCCCCCCCUUUCCCCUCCCCCUUCGCGCCGCCGCUGCCGCGAUGCCCCCCCCUGCGCCCGGGGCCCGGCUCCGGCUUCUCGCCGCCGCCGCCCUGGCCGGCCUGGCCGUCAUCAGCCGAGGGCUGCUGUCCCAGAGCCUGGAGUUCAGCUCUCCCGCGGACAACUACACGGUGUGCGAAGGUGACAACGCCACCCUCAGCUGCUUCAUCGACGAGCACGUGACUCGCGUGGCCUGGCUGAACCGCUCCAACAUCCUGUACGCUGGCAAUGACCGCUGGACCAGUGACCCGCGGGUGCGGCUGCUCAUCAACACGCCCGAGGAGUUCUCCAUUCUCAUCACCCAGGUGGGGCUCGGCGACGAGGGCCUCUACACCUGCUCCUUCCAGACCCGCCACCAGCCAUACACCACUCAGGUCUACCUCAUCGUCCACGUCCCCGCCCGCAUCGUGAACAUCUCCUCACCCGUGACGGUGAACGAGGGAGGCAACGUGAACCUGCUUUGCCUGGCCGUGGGACGGCCGGAGCCCACAGUGACCUGGAGGCAGCUCCGAGACGGCUUCACCUCAGAGGGCGAGAUCCUGGAGAUUUCGGACAUCCAGCGGGGCCAGGCCGGCGAAUAUGAGUGCGUGACUCACAACGGCGUUAACUCUGCGCCAGACAGCCGCCGUGUGCUGGUCACAGUCAACUAUCCUCCGACCAUCACGGACGUGACCAGCGCCCGCACAGCCCUGGGCCGGGCCGCCCUCCUGCGCUGCGAAGCUAUGGCGGUGCCCCCCGCGGACUUCCAGUGGUACAAGGAUGACAGACUGCUGAUCAGCGGCACAGCCGAGGGCCUGAAGGUGCAGACGGAGCGCACCCGCUCGAUGCUUCUCUUCGCCAACGUGAGCGCCCGGCAUUACGGCAACUACACGUGUCGCGCCGCCAACCGGCUCGGAGCGUCCAGCGCUUCUAUGAGGCUCCUGCGCCCAGGAUCCCUGGAGAACUCAGCCCCGAGGCCCCCGGGGCCCCUGACCCUCCUCUCCGCCCUGGGCUGGCUGUGGUGGAGGAUGUAGGAAGAACCCAGCGCAGCUCGCCUCCCCCCUGCGAGGGGCCUGAGGCGGAGAGCGAGAGAAAAAGGGAGAGCCAGCGCCGUGGGUCUCGAGGGGGCGGAAGAGCUCUCUGCCACCGAGGAGGAAGAAGAGAGGAGGAGAAGCAGGAGGAGGAGGAGGAGGAGGAAAGCUCUUUAGAGAACCCAUCACUGUGAGGGAUAACGCAAAAUUAUGCAUCUUUCUACAGCCAUUUUCGCCACCGUUCACGUUUCCGAUUGCGACCCACCCCCGGCCACCCCACACCCCUCUCUUAGCUCAGGCUGUCAACUGGAUCGUGUGUAUGUAGUGGGUGUGUGUGAGCAUGAGCCUGCACGUGUGUGUAUGUGUGGGGGGAGGGGCUCAGCAAUCUUCCCUCCCCUAACACCCCCAUGCCCACUGCCCCCCAGUGCUGCUGCCUCUCUCCUCUGGCUGGAGGUAGGUAUGUGGGCUUCGCGGCUGGAGCUGUGAGGGGAGGUUUUCCAGGCCCCCUGCUUCCCCAGUGUAUGCACGCACCCCACCCCUUCCCCUCCCUGUUAAAAGAGCGUCUCCUGGGCAGGUUGGGGGUGGGGAGGGGUGUCACGCUCGCCUGUCAAGCUAUCUAUCAUUCAGCCUCUGUGAGCAGGUGAGCGAUCUCCAUCUUGGCCCGGGGCCUCAUUGCUGUCAACCACCAGCUGCCUGUAGCCAGAGGUCCCAUCGCUGGCUCAGCAGCCUGAGACCUUCCCACUUUCCCUGCCCCCCACCCCGACUUUCUGGCCCCCUCUGGGCCAAUCGGUGCUU